UUUCCCUCUCUCUCUCUUUUGUUUUUGUUUCUCUGAGUUCCGCGCUGUGCUCCGCCACUAACGGCCCUCUGACGGAGGAACGGAGCCUGAGGCGGCUGGAGUGGAUAACUGGGACCAAAGCUUCCGCCUCCCUGCUGGCCUCAGGGAUGAGCACAGCAGCAUUCCAAUCGCCAGCUGCCGAAAUGGCAGAAAUCAAUCGAAUUCAGUAUGAAAUGGAAUAUACCGAAGGGAUCAACCAGAGAAUGAGAGUUCCAGAAAAACUCAAGGUAGCACCACCAAAUGCUGACCUUGACCAAACGUGUCCUGAAGAAGGGCUUCCAAAUGCCAGUGUAACAAUGCAGGUGCCAGAGCGGAUUGUAGUUGCAGGUAAUAGUGAAGACAUUCCACAUUCUAGGCCCCCAGAUCUAGAUCUUCUACAGUCAACUCCAUUCAAGUCUCUGUCGCUGAAAACACCUCCCCGUGUUAUUUCACUUAGUGAUCGUCCACUAGAUUUUCUGGACCUAGAGAGACCUCCUCCUCACACUCCUCAAAAUGAAGAGAUUCGGACAGUAGGACGGCUGAAAAGAGAACGUUCCAUGAGUGAAAAUGCAACUCGUCAGAAUGGCCAGUUGAUGAGAAAUGAAGCAGU